GGUCCAACCCACUGCAUGGGUUCUUCGCGGUCUCACAAAAAGACACAUUUACAGCGUCACUCGUCGCCCUCUGGCGACUCCGUCAAAGAUACUCGCCAUCGGCACCGACAUUCACGCGAUUGUUCUUUUCCGGAUACAGAUGUUAAACUGUCAGGUCACAAAUCAAAAGACUCCGGGAAUGUCAACAAUCGAGUUGCUUUGCGUAAAAUUGUGAAACGUGUUUAUCAUAUGGUAGAUGAAGAUAGACAACGCAGUUCAACCGCUCAAAAGCACGAAAAUGAGAAGGUACAAUCACUUGUUCCCGAUUGUGGAUGUCCAAACAAUUGUGGACCUGAGUUGCAGAAACUUCGAGAGUACAUCGCAAACCUACAUCCUUCACUUGUGAAUUCUUCGGUCAACAUGUACGAAUUAGAUCAGCUUGUGGACACUCCUGAGCGCUUACUUUCUGAGGCAUGGAUCACUACAGGCGCCUCAAAGCUUCGUGAGUUAAUGCCGGAAGAUCUACUGGCCAUUUGUUCCCGACGGGAGAAGCGCGGUUCAAAGCAUCCGUCAGGUUCCUACUACGCGAACACACUGUCGGUCGCAAACUCCCUCCCUCCGUUUACUUCUUUCUGCGAAUCUCAGUCUCAGCCGGAUUGUGGUAUUACUGAAUUCUGGCGAAGAUGUUUGUUCGAACUAUUCGAAUUAUCGCCGAGCGAAAUUAAACUGGUACUUUCAGGUGUCGGUGAUCUGAGUUCAAUCAACCCCCCACACUAUGAACUGAAAAAUGAGCGUCAACUCAACCUUGGGAAUCAAUCGACGGAGGCCCCAUGCGAAUCGUCCUUUAUCUCAUAUUCUAAUGUGGUGCAUCCACCUACCGAGUCACCGGAGUCAGUAAAUUGCAGUUAUGUCAACCAAUCAGCGAAAACAGUCUCAACAGAGCCGCGUUCCGCUUCUGGUCAUAGUGAGGAAUGCAGCCCUCCGCAACAGUCUCAUGUUCGGAAAGAAAUAGUGGAACUGGAAAUGCGCGCUCGAGCUAUCAGAUCAAUGCUUGGUUCCAGACGCAAUUCGUGACUCCAGUGGCACCGAAGAACCCCAUCAUCACCCGCUUUAUUUUACCUUUGAUGUGCUGCUGAGGAGCGUCACCUUGUUCAGCAGAGAAGCUUGUACAUAAAAUAACCAGUCAAGUAGAACAAUUCUUGAGUCCUUAAGGCUUGCGCUGCGAAUGAACACAGAUCCGUUUUACGUACAUCUUACUGCAUGUGUGCUUUUGAAGGGGGUACGAGUCCGAAUCUCGGUCGGUUGGGAUGGUUCGGGACAAGAGUCUGAGCUGAUUCACCGGUAACUGUGGUGCAGGAAUGUGCAAGUGUUUCUCACAACGCAACCAGCAUGACUUAAUCUCAAAGAAGCAGAAUGCAGUUUAUCAGUGAGAGAAAUCAAUCGGAAUUGAUUACGAUCAAGGUAGAAGAGUGCAUUAGUUUCUGAAGUCUCCACGAGGGCUGUAAAGCCGAAUUAUAUCAGAUCUAUCUGGAAAUGCAAGCUUUGUGCAAUUGACAUAAUUUUCCAAAAUUGUAUCCAAGGAGCGGUUCUGUUUGCUUUUCUUUUCCCAGCUCAACACUUUAAAGUUCUCGUCCAUGGCUACGAUGUGAUAGGUCAAACCGGAGAAAAAGUGCAUAUUUUUUGAAAUUAAUACGUUGUAUUUUAACCAAAGCGUACAUUAGACGUUAUGCUAAAGCAUCACCUUGUUGGCACUGUAAAUAACUUGGCGGAUCUGAAAGGACGAAGUUUUGGACUCGAUUUGCUUAGAAGCGAGGUGAUCACCAUUUUCCCACUUCAGCUUUCACGUGAACACGAAAGCCGCGAGUUUGGUACGCUCACGUAAAACAGCUAACCGUUAGAUCCAAGCGAAGUGUGGAGGCCAGCUAUGUGUGUGAAGCAAUGACCUUGAUUGUUGAAU